AAAAGAUAAAUUAAAAUAAAAUUCCAAAUUAGGGAUUGGGAAUCACAUUCUCUGUCCCAUCCCUUUCUUAAAGGGGAAAUUACCCACAGAUACUGAUACCCAAAUGUGGAACCUUGGAAAAUCGAUUCAUCUCCACAAACACGACUGACCCAUAUGCCCAAAACAUUUCCUUUCAUCGACGUUGCCGGUGAUUGAACACAAGAAAUCUAUCAAUUGGAUUUCCAGGACGCCAAGUGUUCGACAAAAUGGCCAAGAGAGACUCUGCCACUAAAAUUCUGCCAUCUUUGACCCCUCGAAGGUCUGCUAGACUUCUCAAGAACCACGAUAUUUUGGUAAGCUCUUUACACCUUUCAGAUACCAUUUCCAACAAACUAAGUAAACCCAGUAAUGGGUUCAAAAAUUGUGGAUCCGAACCACCCUCUAAUCUCAGACGGUCUCCCAGAAUUUCCCCCAAAGAUUCUGUGGGAAAAGAGGAGUAUAGUAGUUGUGAGGAUUUGGGUUCUGGGCUUAUAAAAUCUUCCAAGAACAAUGACAUUGGUAGGUUUCAAAAUAGGCGAUCUCAGAGGCUUUCUAAUUGCUCUGAGAAGACUAGCGGAGAUAAGGGGGUGAGUAAGGAGGAGGCUUUACAUACUGGGAAAGGAAAUUUAAGAGUGAAAUCGGGUGAGAACUUGUUAGACAAAGGGAAAAGGUCAACGAAGAGACAAGUUAAAGAAUCAGAUGGUGAGUGUAGAGUGGUUAAAGAUCAUCAGACAGAGAAGAGUAAAGGAAAUGAUGACCGCCUUUCGUCAAAUUUAAACACUGGGAAAGGAAAGAGUUCAACAGCGGGACAAUUCAAAGAACCAGAUGGUGAUGGUGAUGGUGAGUGUAGAGGGGUUAAUGCUGGUAGGAAGAGAAAGCGAGAGGAACAAGGUAAAGAGAAUGUUAAUGGGUGGAAUGAGGAUCAAGAAUUGGCACUGCAAAGAGCUUAUUUAGCUGCAAAGCCAACACCGCACUUCUGGAAGAAGGUUUCAAAAAUGGUGCCUGGAAAAUCAGCACAGGAAUGUUUUGAUAAAGUCAAUGCUGACCAUUUAACCCCACCUCAACGUCAGCGCGGGGCCAAGAAAAGACGAAGUGUAUCACCUAUUCAUUCUCUUGAGCUCUCUGCAAGUAAAGUGCUUAAACCCGUCGAUCUGAAUCUCAAAAAGCGAAGUUGUAAUAAUCAGAAGACUCGCAUUACACAGAAAAAUGCUAGGAAGUUAUUGAAAGAGCAUUAUAAUCAGAACCAAGAUCAUGAUGCUGAUCUUUUUUCAGUUCUUGAACCCAACUUGGAUUUAUCUAGUGAAGCUCUCCAGCCUAAUCAUAUAUUUUCCACCCCAAAGAAUUGUAAACAAGGAUUACUUCAGAAAUAUAGUGAGAGAUCUACUUCAGGCAAAAAGAUACCACUUCUAUCAAGAUUUAGUGGCUCGAAGGUGACAACUCUUGCUAGCCCCCCAGUACUGAAGGAGGUCAAAAACAAAUUCUUACAUGAGAGGUAUAUCGAUCAAUUACACACAAGGGAUGCUAAGAGAAAAGCAGCAGCUGCUAAAAAUGCCACUUUGAAAAUAGGUGAUGGAAAGGAGAACAAUGUCAUGAAAAUGGAUGUUGUUAGAUCAGCGAAAAAUGCUUUGGUUUCUGAUGCUAGGGAAGCUAUCACUAUGCUUCGAAACAUAAAGACCAAUACAAUGAGUAACUCUUCUGAUUUGGAUGAUGAUAUUGUUAGAAGUGAUGAUGAUGAUGAUGGUGAGAGUUAAAAUGGAAAUUAGUUUUUUUUCCCUAAUUCUUCACCUGAUUAGAAUGUAUUAAAUCAUCUUGUAUAAAAGCGAAUUUCUUAAGUAGUUUUGUUACUUUCUAAUGUCUGAGAAAUCAUAGGCUUAGUUGCUUUAGUUUGUGAACAUAAAGAGUUGUCUUGUAUAGUUGUAUUGCAUUUAAUUGGUGAUGUAACUUUUGCUAUAAAAACCUGAAAUUCAGGGAAUAUAGGAACUUGAAUUUGAGAAAAAGAAA